AUGGAGCCUGACUCUAGCAACCUGGGCCAAGAUGUUCUGGACACAAGAGCGCAAAGCUCAACUCCCCCUCUACGCAUGGAUGGACAAGUCACGGCAAGUCACGACAUCUUUGAGAGACAUCGGUCUCUCGUGCAUUGGGUGUUAACCAACGACGGGUUCUUUCAUCCUGAUGCCCAAAUUGCGCUCAGUGCCCGCAAGGGAUUUCAUGCUGUGGUGGCGGAUGGCCGCAGCCUUGCCAGCGGCACUCGGAUUGCGAGCUGUCCUAUGCCAAUCACCCUAUCAGUGCUAAACGCUCUUGAUGUCGCGCCCUUUUCCAACCAUGGAACCCACUUUCCGGACUCUUUCCUUCGCUCUCAGGCCAGUCAGCCAGAGUCUUUGCAAGCCUUCUUUCUACUGGAGCAACUGGUUCUUGGGGCGAAGUCAUGGUGGGCUCCUUACAUCUACACGCUACCUACCGUCGACGACGUCUCUCACGCCCAGUUUGAAAACGAAGCCGACCUGCUCUGGCUCGAGGGCACUAACUUGAAAGGCGGCUUCUCUGCGCAGACUGCCAAAUGGCAUGGCAUGUUCUUGCGAGGCAUCGAUCAACUGAAGCAGCUGCACUGGAGCAAUGCCGUCAAUGGGGCUUAUACAUGGCCACGUUUUCGAUGGGCGGCGGCAAUCUUCGGAAGCCGCUCAUUCACUUCGCAGGUCCUCGAUGACACACUCCCUGCGGACAGGGCGCGCCUACAACAGCGUCGAGACAACAAAGACCCCUGUGAUCUUGCGAAACUGUUCUCUCAGCGAUUCGGGGUUCUCCUGCCGUUGGUGGAUCUUCUCAAUCACAAACCGGGGGCCAAAGUUGAAUGGCAGGCCCGCUACAGUUUCGUAGGUCUCCAAAUCCUGGAGCCCUAUGAGUCUGGUGAAGAGCUGUGCAACAAUUACGGUCCUCGAGACAACGAAGGUCUUCUUCUCGCGUACGGUUUUACAAUUCCAAACAAUCCCUUUGACCAUGUUGCGAUAAGUAUUAGAGUUCCCCCAGGCUCGCCAUUAGCGGUUGCUCGCACGUGGAAACCGGAUCCGAGAUCGGAUCCAGAGAGAAGAUGCUUCAUAUUCAGCCAUCAGCACCCUCAAUCAACCUCAGCAAGGUCAUUAGAGACAUCCCUGUUCUCCUUUGACCUUUUGGACAGUGUCUCGCUACUAUGCGCAAACGAGCGUGAACUCAACCCCGUAAAUGCACGGAAGCAGACAAUAAUGAGCGCUUGUCUCGGCGAGAAACCUACAUUUGAGGACGGCCGCAUCAUCCUUGCUACAAUUAGUCAAUUAUUGACGGAUUGCACUGAACGAGCGGCGAGACUCAGAGCUACCGACCCUGCGACAAAGCAUCCUACCAUCGCGCCCGCUAAUACCAAACAGCAACAUGCGAAAAUCUACAGAGACAGUCAACUCAGCAUCAUUCAGACCGCCAUUGCAGUCUGUAAAUAUGUCCUCAAAUCUGCGACAACUGAGGAGACGAACCAAGGAAUCUUGGCAAGCUUGAGUCGGGAAAUGCCAGCUUCUAUCUUCCAGAAUCUCCAGUCCCUUUCCUCACGACACGACCGUCUAACCCAUCCACACGAACUCCUUCACAGUACAGCGCUACUGGGAAUGCUCCCCGACAGCUUAUCGAUGGCGUUGCAAAAAUGCUCGUCGGAAGUUGAGAACAACCUGCAACGUGUCAACGGUUGGCAGCGAGAUACUUCCGCGAACCUGGACAAGACUCGCCUGGCAAUCAUCGUAUCAGCACUCUAUGGAGAAUACGCCCACGGAGUCAGGUUGCCUCAUCGCAUUUCCCAGUGGUUGCAGCAACUCGUCGAGUGGUAUCCCCUAGACAGCGAGUCGUGGGCCUACGUACCAGCCCCUGGUCCUUGGGAACCAGGAGAAGAACCCCCCGCUGAGUUGAUGAAUCUUCUUGCUGCUCGGGCUGCUAUGUCUCCCAAGAUGCCCGCCGAGUCUAAUUUCAAGCGCUGGUUGCGACCAGAGAGAAUCUGUUGGGGAUGGAACGUCAUGGAGGAGGAACUGGUUCGAGUACCAACCACUGUCUUGGAUCCUGGCAACACAGGGGCAGAGCCUGGGCGGCCCUCGAGCUCCAUUCUGAUCUAUUGCCCCCGGUACUAA